AUGUCACGCCUCCUCUCCCUCUACAAGUCCCUCUCCGACGAAGAACUCAACAAACUCCGCAACGAGAUCGUGAAAUCUGAGGGCGUCUCUUAUCUCAACUCUAAAGACGAAAGUUUCCUUCUCAACCUCGCCUGUGCCGAACGAAUCGAAGAUCUCGACCACUGCGCCAUCACCGUCACUCGACUCGGCAAAAAAUGCUCCGACCCUGCAUUAUGCAAUUUCAAAGAUGUCUACUCCGAUCUCAAAUUUGGUAUCCUCAACAUUAGCAAAUUGGAUUUCGUGUCGAAGGAGGUCGAUAAGAACAUCGAGAAGAUGGAGAAGCUAAUUUCUGCGACCUCAAAUCUGUACUUAGAAUACCAUUCUUUGUCCGAAAUGGAAGUAGCGGAGCGGAAAUUGAAGCAAUGGAAUCAAAACACGGCCAUGGAGAACUCCAACUCGGAGGUUUUCGAUCAGAAAUUAGCGGCUCAGAGACAAGUGGUUGGGCACUUCCAAGAGUUAUCCCUUUGGAGCCAAACCUUCAACAAGGCCGUUGGUCUCAUGGCUCGAAUCAUCUGCUUCGUCUACGCCCGAAUCUGUGUAUUUUUCGGACCCUACGUUUCGGUCCUCCCUCCAGUAUCGACCCGAAACGUCCGUUCCCGUUCGGGGCCGUUACAGAACCAGACUCUUCAAAACAAUCCGAUUCCUGACAAGCCUCGCACGAAAUCUGGACCACUUGGAAAACCACCCAAACGGAACUUAAUCAGGUUUUUGAGUCGGGACUCAAACCCGAUCGAAGAUGCCCCAAUUGGAGUCGGAUUUGGAUUCGGAUUCGGUAUCGGGUUCCAAGAGAACCACUACUAUGUAUUUGGUGAUGGAAAGAAGAACAAAUUAGUACAGGUGGCGCCGCCGUCGACGCUUGGUGGUUCCGGACUCUCGUUACGAUACGCGAACGUGAUAAUUCAGGUAGAGAGGUAUCUGAACUCACCUUGCUCCAUCGGAGACGAUGAGAGAGAGAAUCUUUAUCAGAUGUUACCGACAAGUUUGAAGAUGUCGGUGAGGUCGAAGUUGAGGAAUAGGUGGAAGAGGAGGAAAGGGGAAGGCGGCGAGUCCGAGUCAUGGGAGGACAAGUCGCUGGCGGAGGGGUGGAGAGAAGCUUUGAAGGGGAUAAUGGGAUGGUUAGCACCCAUGGCGCAUGAUACUGUGAGAUGGCAAGCGGAGAGGAAUUUUGAGAGGCAAAAUUUCGAAGCGAAGCCGACAGUGUUGUUGUUGCAGACAUUUCAUUUCUCGGAUAGAGAGAAGACGGAGGCAGCGAUAGCCGAGAUUUUGGUCGGUGUGAGUUGCAUAUUCCGGUAUGAGAAUCGUUAUUUCGGUUCUAGCUCCGGGUCAGAUGACGAUUUUAGGUGA